AUGAAGUGCGGCUGUCUGUCCUUCCGACAGCCUUAUGGUGUCAAGACCGUGGAGAUGUGGUGGCGGCCUGUGCUAUGUGCCCAGCACUCUACCCUGGCUGUCCACAUCAGGCACUGGGAUUGGGAGGAGGUGGACUGGCAGAAGCUGCCGGAGCAGAGGCUGGGGAUGAGCCCUGCCCAGAUCCAGGCCUUGCUGCAGGAUAGGGAAAAGUUUGGCCACGGAGUGAUCGCCUGCAAGUGACACCCUGUCCUGUGGAUUGGGGUCACUUUGCUGUGCCCAGAAAACUUAGGUUGUGAUGAGGUGGAGGAGCUGGAGAAUCAAGCCAUGCUGCCCGACCUGCAAUGGAAGUACCUGACUGCACUGGCCGACCCUCGCUGGCUGCUACAGCCCGUCCUGGGGAGGGCCGGGAAGGACAUCUUCCAGGUGGACAUCCCCAAGCACCUGACCCCCUUUGGUCAGGAGGCCUGUCCAGACUGGGCUCUCGAGAGGAAGUUGACCCUUGCCCUGCUGUAA